GGGCCCAUAGCUCAGAUCAGUGUGAUCAGAAGGAAGUGAACCCUCUUUCCUCUUCUUCUCCUACCUUGAAACCAGACAGAAGUUUGGAAGUGCAGGUUUACUGUGAAUGGUGAGAGAGAAAGAGGGUGAUCUGUUGUUGGAUAAGAAUUAUGAGAAGUUAUUGGGGUUAGUUCAGCUUUGUGAUGAGAAUUUGGACAAUUUUUCUGUGGAUCAAGCUAGGUCUUUGCAUAAUGUAGAUCCUCGGUGUAAGAUUUCGGAACAGAUUAGGUACCACCAAGUGGAUGAACUACUAGGUGAGCGCAAUUUGGAUGUACCAGAAACUUCGAGAAAGUCUAAGGUGACUGAGAAGGCUAAUUUGAGGAAAGGUAUGAUUGGGAAAGAGAUGAAUGGCCAUAAGGAUUCUGCUGGUCAUUUGAAUACAAAACAUACUGAAGGCCCAAGUGAUGUUAGGUAUGCUCUGAAGAAAAACAUGGCCACUAUGGAAAAAGAGGAUCGCCGAGAGAAAAAGAAUUUAGCUGUGAUGGAGAAUGUAAAAUCGGAACCUCUGAAUUUUGAUUCUUGUGGGAUGAAUGAGUGUUCCAGUAAAAGACUUCGCUCAGAGAAAUAUAACACUCAGGUACCUGUGAAAAGUGUAGUUUCAAUGGACAAUGUAAAAGUGGAAGCUCCGGAUUCUGAUUCUGGUGGGAACCAUGAGAUAAGGGAGCGUUGCAGUAAAAGACCUCGUUUAGAGGUUUCUAACACUCCAAAGAUGCUGGAAAGUUCUCUGGUGAAAAAGAAAAACAAAAGUAACAGAACUUCAUGGAGUUUUAGGAAGAAAGAAAAGAUGAAGAUAAAUACGCCUAACAAGUCUUCUUGUGUUUUGCCUGAAAAAAAGAGUGGGAUGAAGAAGAAGGUUAAUGUAAAAGCUGCACAGGCUGUUUCUAGUAGGUCAAAUGCAGUUUUUAGCAAACGAAAAGGUUCCCAGGUCCUACAUUCUUCUCGGUAUAGGCAUAAUCCUGAAUCUUUAUCUAUGCAUAUGGAUGAGACUUAUGAAGCAUUUCUAAACCUUGCUGUGGUGUCUGGCGAUCAAAUUAUAUAUACACCCGGAAAUGGUACAAGUCAUAUAUUCGAGGAGGAUAUGCAGAGUUCAUCAGAUUCAGAACAAACCAUACUAGACAAUAAUCGACUUGAUGGAUAUCGUCCCACAUAUGUGAAAACCAGGGCUGCAACUAACAAAACUUUGAGGAAGGACAUGAUGAAGAGAAAGAUGAGCUGCCCUAAAAACUACCACGCGACUUCCUCAGAUGCAGAUCUGAAUCAACAGGACAGUCAUCAACAUGAAAAAUAUCGUGCCUCAUAUGUGAAAACCAAGGCUGCAACUAACAAAACUUUGAGGAAACGCGUGAUGAAGAAAAAGAUGAACUUCCCUAAGAACUACCAAGAUACUUCAUUAAAUUCAGAUCUAAAUGAACAGGACCGUCAUCAACAUGAUGAAUAUCGUGCCUCAAAUGUACGUGAGACUUAUGAAAUACUCAAAACCUUUGAGGUGGAUGGUAAAAGCAUAAUCUAUAAGCGAAGCAAUGGUGGGCGAAAGAUAUAUGAGGAGGUACAGACUACAUCAGAUGCAGAAAUAAAUGCAGUAACAAAUGCAAUGCACAGGGAACCUCUUGACAGUUUUCGUACAAUGGAUACAGACACUGGGCACAGCAUUAAGAGUCACAACCAGUUCAGGGAAGGGCUUAUGAAGGAUCUUGGAAGGCCUUACAACCAAGAAGAGUAUCUUAACCUCUUGGAAGAUGCAUGCAAACGAGGGCCAAGUAACCUUGAGACAGACAUGUUCAAUGGAAUGGAAUCAUGUCAAACCCCAAUAGAAUAUGGAAAAACAUAUCUAGAGGUGUACAAAGAUCUAGCUGAAAAGAUUAAUGCAGCUGACGGCGAUCGCUCUAGAACUUUAAAUCUCUUACGGGGAUUGUUCUACUGGCUGAAAAACAUGCCUGAGGAAGGAAGCUUUAUUCCUUGGAAAGACAAAAGAUGUUUAAAGGCGUUUCUGCAGCCUUAUGAAAAUAGGGGUCAGCCGAGCUACAAACGGAAAGCCUUGCGUUAA